UGAUACUGCCUGUCCUCGCAUACCGCGACGAUUUACACAGCGGCAAGAUGCCAGUCGUCAAAGGAGGUGUUUGGACAAACAUUGAAGAUGAGAUCCUUAAAGCAUCUGUCUCCAAAUAUGGCCUGAACCAGUGGGCUCGAGUUUCGUCGUUACUUGCACGGAAGACCCCGAAACAGUGCAAGGCGAGAUGGACAGAAUGGCUGGACCCAGGCAUUCGCAAGAUCGAGUGGUCCAAAGAAGAGGAUGAGAAGUUGUUACACCUGGCGAAGUUGAUGCCGACGCAAUGGCGGACGAUUGCACCCAUCGUUGGAAGAACGGCCACCCAGUGCCUCGAGCGCUACCAGAAACUCCUCGACGAAGCAGAAGCCCGUGAGAACGAUGAGUUGGGCCUUGGGGGUCCAGAAGGUGGGGAAACCGCAGCUCCAACGGGUGAUCAGGUUCGAAAACUGCGCCCUGGUGAGCUUGAUCCUGAUCCGGAAUCCAAGCCUGCGCGGCCGGACACUAUCGAUUUAGAUGAGGACGAGAAAGAAAUGCUCAGCGAGGCCCGUGCCCGUCUGGCGAACACACAAGGAAAGAAAGCGAAGCGCAAAGCACGCGAGCGACAACUCGAGGAGUCACGGAGGCUUGCCGUGCUGCAGAAGCGCCGAGAGCUAAAAAAUGCCGGUAUCAAUAUCAAGAUCACAACCCGGAAGAAGGGCCAGAUGGACUACAACGCAGAUAUUCCGUUCGAAAAGCAGGCUGCAGCUGGCUUUUACGACACGCAAGAGGAGCUGGCCAAAAAUGAGCGCGAACGGGAACUGUUUGACCCGCGCAAGCAACAGCUAGCACGAAAGAGACAGGGAGAUCCUGAAGACAAUUUCGAUCCCAAACGACAAAAACAUGACAAAGACAAAUCUUCGUCUGCAACGGCUGCUGCCGCUGCAAGAGCGGGACAAAUGCAACGACUGCGGGAGGCCGAGCAACAGAGCAAGCGAAGAGCUCUGAACCUGCCUGCGCCCCAAGUCAGCGAGAGCGAGCUGGAAGAAAUCGUCAAGAUGGGGAUGGCAGGCGAGAAGGCGGUGAGAGCAGCUGGGCAGGAGGAUGGAGACGAACGAGGCCUUGUAUCCAACUAUGCGAAUAUAGUCGGAGCUACACCUAUUCGAACCCCUCGAGCACCCGCGGAAGAAGACCAUAUUGCCAAUGAAAUUAGAAACAUCAGAGCACUCACCGAAACGCAGUCGUCUUUACUGGGUGGGGAGAAUACUCCGUUGCAUGAGGGCAGCAGCUCCACAGGAUUUGAUGGAGUUGCGCCUCGAAGACAGCAAAUGGUGACACCCAAUCCGAUGGCGACGCCUUUGCGCCAAGCUGAGAGUGCAGGACAAUAUCCCGGUGCCACUCCGUUGCGCACACCACGCGACAAUCUGACGAUCAAUGAAAGAGGCGAACGACAGCUUGUUGUGCAAACUCCACGGGAUAUGCGACUAGCCGAGAAUGCUGCAAGACAAUCUCUCAGAGCGAAGCUGUCAUCUCUACCAAAACCUAAGGAGACAGAAUGGGAACUGGAGGUUUUACCAUCAGAACAGGAAGAGGCCAUGGGCGGCGUUGCUGUAGACAGGGAAGAUCAAGAUGAAAUCGACAGGCGCGAGCGUCAAGCGCGAGAAGCAGCAGCAGCAGCAGAGUUCAGACGACAGACCCAAGUUUAUCAACGAGCUCUGCCACGACCCACCUCCAUUGACUACAAUGCCCUCGCUUCGGAAGCGACAUCCAUAACCGAUCCAAUCCGCGCAAUGAUCGCGCAAGAGGCUGCUCUGCUCAUGGCAAAUGACGCUCGCAAGUUCCCUCUUCCUGGCUCAAGGGUAGUCGGCAAACCUCCUCAGCUAGCAUCGCUGUCCGAUGAGUUGCUAGAGAAAGCUCGUCAGCAGUUAAAAGCUACGUUCAAUGAGACAGACCGACAAGCUUACAUCGCCGCUGUGGAAGGCCUCGCCAGCUCGGAGAGAGAAAGGAACGCUUUGCCGCUAAAAUUCACCGCAAAUACAACCGCGGAAGAAUACUUGGCUGCGUUUAAAUCCGCACAACAAAGCCUUCUAUCUGCCGCAGAGGCAGGCAAUAAACUCGAGAAGAAGUUAUCAUUGCACUUGGGCGGGUAUCAGGCGCGGCAAAAGACCCUCAAGCAGAAGAUCGCCACAGUCUAUGAACAGAUUGAGGAGCAGAGGGCGCAACUCGAUGGUUUUAGGACCUUGCAGAUUGGGGAAGAGGGUGCAUUGGCAAGGAGGUUGGAGAGGCUCAGGGAUGAAGUGAACUUUGUGAUGAGGAGGGAGAGGGAAGCACAGGAGGAGUAUCGUGAGUUGAAGGAGCGAAGUGAUGGCGUCAACGGUGUCAACGGCCAUUCAUGAGAGAGGCAUAUGCCAUUGUUCGUGUCGAGGUCGGCGACAUUGCAACUACAUUGUUAUCUCACGGAUCCUCAUUCUUAGUUGAUCCAGCCUUCAUGGCCUAUUUGGCUCUGAUCCAGAUCGAAUGUCAGAAACAAAUUGCGCACAGUCUGCCAGACCAUUCUCACUCCUAUCACCCGCUCUUACAAUUUACUAACCGUGCCCUCUUGGGUAACCACUGCCGCAAUCCUCUACCAUCACAAGGUUUUCUGCCUUACCACACACACAAUGCAGCCUCUCACGACAACCAAAAAACCUAACUGCCGACACAAACUGCAAAAACUGAACCCAGGUCAGAAACGCCGCAACCCGGUACUCGAAGUACCUAG